UCGUCAUCGACGUCGCUAGCUAGUGGGGCAGGCUAGCAAAUAUGAAAUGUUAAUUGCCAGCACGGGACACAACGCGGCGAACUCUCGUUGGGCCAACAACUGUGUUGAUGUUCUUGGAUAGUUCGAUGUGGUCUUUGUUCAUUAGUAGCCAUCACUCUCAGCCUCCGAGUCACCGAAAUCUGGUCAAGAACUUAGCGUAGACCCGUAAUUAGCAAUAGCAAUAGCCAAAGAGAGCCUGGAUCGUAAGCGCUGGAGGAGGUCUGCAGAGCGAGCAAAGCCGAAGUACAAAUGCACCAAUCGAAACUGAAACAGAAUCUAUAACUUGGAACGGGUGAAUUCAGCGCCCGCCAUACAACCAAUUAGCUAGGUGUCCGAGGGUCCAGAGAAGGGAGUCCAGGAGACCAUCCCACCAUCCAAACAGCAUACAUUUUAUAUACGGAACGGCCUGUCGAGCGUAGUGGCAGCAGCACGCGAAAGCGUCUAUAAAUCUAGUUAGCAUGGAGUGCUGUUUAUCGGAGGAGGCCAAGGAACAAAAGCGCAUCAAUCAGGAAAUCGAGAAGCAGUUGCGCCGGGACAAGAGAGAUGCGCGCCGCGAGCUUAAACUGCUACUACUGGGCACUGGAGAGUCCGGGAAGUCCACAUUCAUCAAACAGAUGCGUAUUAUCCACGGCAGCGGUUACUCGGACGAGGACAAGCGUGGGUACAUCAAGCUGGUUUUUCAGAACAUAUUCAUGGCCAUGCAGUCAAUGAUCAAGGCCAUGGAUAUGCUGAAGAUUUCCUAUGGUCAGGGAGAGCAUAGUGAACUGGCCGAUCUGGUGAUGAGCAUCGAUUACGAGACCGUUACCACGUUCGAGGAUCCAUACUUGAAUGCCAUCAAAACGCUUUGGGACGAUGCUGGCAUCCAGGAGUGCUAUGAUCGUCGUAGGGAAUAUCAGCUGACUGAUUCAGCCAAAUAUUAUCUGAAGGAUCUCGAUCGUGUGGCUCAACCUGCAUAUUUACCCACUGAGCAAGACAUUUUAAGAGUUCGUGUGCCCACAACAGGGAUAAUUGAGUAUCCCUUCGAUUUAGAAGAAAUCAGAUUUAGAAUGGUAGACGUCGGAGGUCAGCGAUCCGAGAGAAGAAAGUGGAUUCAUUGCUUUGAGAAUGUGACAUCAAUUAUAUUUUUGGUAGCGCUAUCGGAGUACGAUCAAAUCUUGUUUGAAUCUGAUAAUGAGAAUCGAAUGGAGGAAUCUAAAGCUUUAUUUCGUACUAUAAUUACAUACCCUUGGUUUCAAAAUUCGUCAGUUAUUCUUUUCCUGAAUAAGAAGGACUUGUUGGAGGAGAAAAUAAUGUAUUCGCAUUUGGUAGACUACUUUCCUGAAUACGAUGGUCCUCAGCGAGAUGCAAUAACGGCCCGAGAGUUUAUACUGCGAAUGUUUGUAGAUUUAAAUCCAGAUUCCGAAAAAAUUAUCUAUUCUCAUUUCACGUGUGCUACAGAUACGGAAAAUAUAAGGUUUGUGUUUGCAGCUGUUAAGGACACAAUUCUGCAAUCGAACCUUAAGGAAUAUAAUUUGGUCUAAACUGGAUUUGGAUCGAAAAACUAUUUUUGUGAUUUUUAUACAAACACACAUACACAUUCAUAUAAUUCCUUUUUCGCAUAUUUACUAAAUAUAAAAGAAGAAUUGAGCAGCGAGCGAAUGUGGCCGAAAAUUAGGCAUAAAUUAGACCCGAGAAAGUUUCUUACGUUUGUUACAUCAGGAACCGAAAAUUGUAGCAUAAAUAGAAUACUAAACUGAGAUGCUAAAACCGCAUCAGCAGAAUGAUGGAAAAGAUGUAUACAUUUUAAUUUGAGAGAAAAAUAACACAAAAUCUGAUACAGCGUGACAACAAAUAAUCAGGGCAGAGUUUCUCUUACGAAUAUGACGAUUCGUAAAACAAUAAUUUAUAUUGCAGUACUUGUAUUCUUUCUAGCGGCAAAGUUUUUAGAAAAAGUUGUUCAAUUUUUGUUGGUGUUUCGACUAGGAAAACUCUUGAAAGUCAAAAAGACAGUGGCCAGAAAUGAUUGGGAUCCAAUCGAUAGAGUUUUUGGUUAGAUUUGAAUAAAUCUGAUGGUAGUUUUUCCUUCCUACACAAGAAACAUGAUUUCCUUGAAAAGUUUUAUACAAAAUAUCGUCCGAAUUAGUUGUUGUCACUCUGUAGUAUUUAAAUAAAUUUAUUACUAUAGUAACUUUUGUAAUAAAAUCCGAAACACAAAAUAUGAAACGUAAAUUUAAUCAAAAGCUUGAUAAGGAACAACAAACUGAAACAACUUUGUCGUACUGAAGCAUAACAUAAUAUAGCAACAUUUUACUAAAUAACUACAGAAAAACAAAAACAUACUUUUGCGUAUAAAUCCCCGAAAUAUAUAUAUAUAUAUUCAAAGAAUUAUAUAUGCAAGAAGUUUCUUAUUAGAAUUUCAGGGCAUAUAGGCGUGUAAAAAUAAUAAACCGAAAAUGAUAAGCUGAUAAAAUGAUAAAAUGAAUGAAAACGAAAUCACAGAUAAUACCGUAUUUUUUAUUAAGCUAAACAGUGAAGCGUAAAUAUUGAUACUAUUGUUUACCGGAAUAUUUAACUAUACAUGAAAGCAGAUAUAAUAAUUCAUAAAACGCAUAUGUAACAAUUUAAAAAUUAAUUAAUUUGCAUUGCGCGAGCUCCAUUCAUUGUAAAUUACGAUUCGUAUUAAUACCAUGAGAAUGAAAAGAAAACAAAUGAAACGCAUGCAAACCAAUACAAAACGAUAUAGGAGCUAGAUUUGUAUGAGAAACGCCAGAAACAUUUACAUGGAGCAUUCAUAAAAUACGUGUUUGUAAAAAUGUCGAUAACCACCCAUGCAACAUGCAACAG